CUAAAGUGAGAGUACGGUAACCUGCUUCAGAGUGUCCGGUCGGCGGCCUUGGCGAAUUAUGGCGGAGAAGCGGCGGCUGGUAGUGCUGUUCGACCUGGGUGGCGUCCUUUUUGGUAGCAGCAGUCAGCUACUUUUCCGAAACCUGGAGAAGACUCUGGGCUUGCCUGGAGAAUUCUUUCAGAAAGUCAUUCAGCAUGGCGGCCCUAAUGGACCUUUCUCCCGAGGGAUGACUGGCCAGAUUGGAUUAACUCAGCUUAUUGCUGACUUUGAAAAUGAUUGCAAGAAAGUUUCUUCUACUUCUGAUACCCCCCUCCCUGAAAACUUCUCAAUGAGUGGGGGCUUUAAUGAAAUGAUGGCGAGAACUGGCCUCAAUGGACCCUUCCUGAAGGCUGCUGUGCUUCUCAAGAAAAACGGUUUCAGAAUUGCUAUCCUGACAAACAACUGGAUUGAUGAUACUCCUAGCAGGCAUCACACAGGGUUUGCCUUAUGUCUGCUGAGGAGAUAUUUUGACAAGGUGAUUGAGUCAUGUCGUAUUGGCCUGCAAAAACCGGAUCCCAAGAUUUAUGAGUAUGCAUUACAUGAGCUGAAGGCGACACCUGAGGAGGUUAUUUUUCUGGAUGACAUUGGUGCAAACUUAAAGCCUGCUCAGAAGAUGGGGAUGAAAACAGUCCUUGUGAAAGAUAUUGACUCUGCUUUGAAGCAGCUUCAAGAUCUGACUGGGGUUCAGCUUCUUGAUCAAGAAGAAUAUGUUCUCCCAGCAUGUGAGCCACAGAAUCUGGCCCAUGGAUAUGUAAUAAUCAAGCCUCAUACCCAGUUGCACUUUGUGGAAAUGGGAAGUGGUCCAGUGAUUUGCCUCUGCCAUGGCUUUCCAGAGUCCUGGCUUUCUUGGAGGUUCCAGAUUCCUGCCCUUGCUGAUGCUGGCUUUCGUGUCAUUGCCUUGCAAAUGAAAGGCUAUGGAGAUUCUGUGGCUCCACCAGAUAUAGAAGCAUAUUCUCAGGAAGAAAUUUGCAAGGAUUUGGUGAUCUUUCUGGACAAAAUGAACAUUGUGCAGGCUACAUUCAUUGGUCAUGAUUGGGGUGGUGCCACAGUGUGGAAUAUGGCUCUCUUUUACCCAGAGCGGGUCAAGGCAGUGGCUGGACUAAAUACACCCUAUUCUCCUUCAAAACCUGGAGUGGAUAUUAUGAAAAAGCUGGAAGCCAUUCCUGCUUUUGACUAUCAGUUCUACUUCCAAAAGCCAGGAAUUGCAGAGGCUGAACUGGAGAAAGAUAUAAACCGAACUCUGAAGAUUGUUAUCCGAUCUAGCAGGAAGGAGGAUAAAAUGGAGGGACAUUCUCUUGAUGUAACUGGAGUUAGUAAGCGAGGGGGGCUGCUGGUGGGACUUCCCGAAGAGCCACCUCCAAGUUCUCUUCUUCCGGAGCCUGUCCUCCAAUACUAUGUACAACAGUAUCAGAAAUCUGGAUUCAGGGGCCCACUGAACUGGUACCGAAACAUGGAAAGAAAUUGGCUUUGGAAUGCUUCUGCCCAGGGCAGAAAGAUCACAGUUCCUGCCCUAAUGGUCACUGCUGGAAAGGACAAAGUUCUCAGUCCAGGCUUGAGCAAGAACAUGGAGGACUGGAUUCCACAACUGACUCGUGGCCAUAUUGAAGAAUGUGGCCACUUCACACAAAUGGAGAGGCCUGCAGCUUUGAACAAAAUCCUGAUCGAGUGGCUGGAAGGUGUUCACAAAAAUGCUUCACCACAAACAACUGCCAAGCUUUGAACAGGAUCUCAGCCCCCAUAUUGGCUAAACUGCUACCUUUCAUUUUGGGAAGGAGGAAAGAAUUCAUAAGAUGAUUGGUUAUGGAGCUCUUGCAGUGCUAUUGGAAUUGAAAUAUAUUUUCAGGUUGAUGCUUAAAAAAUUGAAUGCAUUAGAAGGAAUUAAUUAUGAUCAAUAUAAAAUGGACUUUUAAAAGUAGCCUAAAUAGAAUGCUAAAAACAUAACUAUGCUGAGGUUUUGCUGUCCUUUGAUCUCUAUUCUUUUGAUUGCUGGAACCUUAUCAGAGCCAGAGAGAGAGAUUGUAAAAAAAAUUCUCAGUGGCCAAGCUGUGCUCACACAUCCCUGGACCAUGAUUUAUUUAAGCAGAGAUUACUGAAUAAAUCACAAUUGAAUGGGGUCAUACAGCAUACUAUGUCCAAACCAAACAGUACUACCCAAAUACAAUUUGUGAUCCAGUUAUAGUUUCCCUGACAUAUUGGAACCAAGUUUUAGCCCUACUUUCUGGGAAGCUUAAAUCACAGCUUCCCAAUUCAGAUGAAUAUGAAACUGAUUUAACAAACUCAGGAUGUGUCUUCUGAAGCAGGCACAAGACAGGCCAAGCACAUUUGAUUAAUGCUUGGAUGAGGAAUGGUGUCGCUCUCCAGAUGUUGAUAUAUAUAAUUCUAUCAUCAUAGACCUUUUUGGCUGUGGCGGACAGGAAUUGUGCUUCAGAUACCUCUGGAGAAUCGUAUGUUCCCAGAUUCUGGUUUGCUGUCUGAACUGGGCUUAAAUUUCUAACUGUGGUAUUCAGUUUAGCAUUUAGAUUAUGAACUUUCACCCCUGGGUGGGACACAUGUAUAUGUUUUGCAGCAGUUUGGGCUCAUUUUUGGAAAGAUAUGAUCAAUCAGAGUUUUUCAAAUUGAUGGGGUUCUGUGAGAGACUGGGGACCAAAAAAAAAAAAGUUCAUUCAAACAUGGCCAAUUUUCUAUUACUGGAACGUGUGGGAUUUUUUUUUCUUUUAACUAACAAGUUUUGGCUGAAAAAGUUUGAACGUGCCAUAUGUCUACUACUCAUUCAAGCAGCUGUAUCAUUUCCUGGGAUCACGUGGAGAAAAGACCCAGCUCCUUUAAAGAGUUGCAGACUCAUUUGCACUUCUGCAGAUUCCAACCGCCCUUUUGGGAUUUGAAUCUGAAGCACUAUGUGUAUGUGUUGUGUAACCAUGUUGAGCUAUCACUUAGAGAACAUGAAGCCCUUUUGAACUCCUUGUACAACAUGGAAAGACAUGAAACGUAAACAAAAAAUAUUUCUUUGCCACCAGGUGUGGAUGCUGCUCCCUUCAGCUCAGGUUUGUCUAUUCUUUUCAGCAGAGAUUCUCAAUAGGAGGACUUUGUCCUGAUACCAGAAAUUAGCCUGCAUGUAUGUGUGCUUUGGUACUGCUGAGAAGAGAAUUGGCUUCUUAAGAAGCACAGCUUCUAUUUCGUUUUCUUUAAAUAAAGCUGCGUUAUUGACAGCCUUUAAGGCAACCACAGGCUGGCUCGGAAUUCUGGGAGUUGCAGGAGAAAUAACAGAACAGGUUUGAGACCUUCUUUUUUUCCAUACCAAUAUGUGCCUUACUAGGUUGGCAAGAGCUGGGGUGAGUGCUGGAGUUCACUCAGUCACGCAGCCUCCGUCACGGGUCUCGGAUCACCAAACCUGCAACCUUCCGGUCGACAAGCCUGGCAUCUUAACCGCUGAGCCGCCACGCCCCCAGGUCUUGCAAACCUAGCAAUUCGAAAGCAUGCAAAUGCGAGUAGAUAAAUAGGUACCGCUUCGGCGGGAAGGUAACAGUGUUCAUGACUGUCAUGCUGGCCACAUGACCACGGAAGUGUCUUGGGACAACGCUGGCUCUUCGGCCAUGAAACAGAGAUGAGCACCACCCCCUAGUCUCAGACACAACUAAACGGGAACCUUUACUAUUAUGUGCCUUACUGCUGAACAAAGCCCUUUGUCUUCACUCAGUGUUGCUUCUCCUGCUGCUCUAAGGUGCCAGCAGAAAACGACUGGCUCUGUACAAGAGUGGUACAUUCUUGGGUGAGUGAUUAUGGCGCUGCUAUUUGUAGAAGACCAAUAAGUACAAUAAAGUUUUGCAAACAGUA